AAUUUGACGAGGAGGAGAUGGAAGCGAUGGGAGUUUGUAGCAGAGGCAGAGGGAUCUCGCUCAUCUCAUCUCCACCCAAAAGAAUCAAAUCGAGCCCAGACCACUCUGCAACUGCAACUUUCUUACCUCUUCGCAUUCAAUCCAUGGCUACCCAGAAGCCCUCUUCAGCCACUCGAACUGUUGGCACUAGAAAGGGAUCAACAGUGUUUCCCUUUGGUGAGCCAGGCCCACGGACUAGCUCGGCUACAACUGGACCCCCUAUAAAGCUACUAACAAGGGUGGAACAGCUUCGUCUUCUAAGCAAGGCAGAGAAAGCCGGCCUACUAUCAGCUGCAGAAAAGUUUGGGCUUUCUUUGUCAACCAUAGAGAAACUGGGUCUCCUCUCAAAAGCUGAGGAACUAGGAGUCCUCUCAGCAGCAACAGAUCCAGGGACCCCAGGGGCUCUCUUGAGUCUGAGCCUAGGAUUGCUGGUAUUGGGUCCUGUCUUUGUAUACCUUGUGCCUGAAGAGUACCCAUGGGAGGUGGUGUUACAAGUUGCAGUUGCUCUGGUUUGUGUAGCUGGUGGAUCUGCAGCUCUUGUGGCUUCAAAUUUGGUAUCCAACUUGCAGAAAUCAGAUUGAUUUUUUUUUCUCCUUCUUCUGAAUAUGUACUGAACGAUACUAAUUGGAAUUGUGUAUUGGUAUAGUGUGCUCCCCAACAAUGCCAUUGGUUGUAUAAUCUCUGCUGCCAACUGAAAUGAAACGAUUUCUUCUUGGUUUUCAUUAGCAUUUGAA